AUGGAAGAUGAGGUCGCGAAUGCAAAGUGGAAUGUGUAUACCCUACAGAGGACGCUUGCGGGGGACUUCCCCCUGUCUCCCUGCAUUACUGCCGUGUUGUUCGAUUUUAUGUUCUUCGGAAUGAUCGGUCUUGCCUGGGCAGUCACGCUGGUGACACAGCCCACUUUCAUAUAUGACAACAACAUUACACGAAUGUUCAAAUCAUACAACGUUUGUAUUGGCUUGGAUUCCUGGCCAGCCCGACCAGUUGCAGCUGCGGCCUUUACGCUAUGUGUGCCGGUGGUCUGUUUGACGGCAGCGCUGCAUGCUUUCAAGGCGCACCAUGACGACGGUGGGCUCAAACUUUUGAGAAAAGGAUGUUUGCUAGUUGGGGCAGCUCUUGGCAAUGCGGCAAUGACUGUGUGCAUUGCUGUGCCGCCAGAUGAUUAUAUCAAAUGCAUGAUACACACCCUUGGAUUCGCGUUUACUUUGUUUGGCCAAGGCAUCUUCAAGACAGGUCUUAUCAUCGAGUACUGGCUUCUUUGCAAGAAGCAUUGGGAUGCAGGAAUCUGGAAUAGAGUGUAUUUCGUCACACUGGUGUCGCACGCAUGCGUACUUGUUAUGGCGGUCGGCUUCCUGAUCUACCUGCUGCAGUUGAAAGACUACCAUCCCAUCAUUGCUAGGAUACAAGGUGAUCGCAUACCUACCGUGUCAGAGGGUGGUGUCACGGUGGUUGGUGCCUGGAAGGGCACUUUUCCUUUUACUUGGCCGGUGGCACAUCUCGUCGAGCCUGAUGGGUCAACAGUUCCCAUCACGGCCGAUGGAACUGGGAAUUUCCUCAUGUCUGUCACUUUCCUCGCUCCGAUCAUUGAGGUCUUGACUGUUCCUCGCAAGCUGCUGUCUCCAGGAGUCAGCAUUGCAUAUGCUCCCAUGCGCAACUUAGACGUUUAA